AUGGAACGCAUUCUGGACUUGGAGAAGGAGUUUGAUGUUGCAACAUUUGACGAGGUUGUUAAGAAUGCAAAUUGCUCAGAUAGUGUGAAGAAAGCAGCAGCAGAGAGGAUCUUGAUGAAAUUCAAGGAGCUUCCAAAUGCAUGGACAAAGGUUGACUACAUAUUGAACAACAGUUCGCUUCAGGAAAGCCAUUAUGUCGCUCUUCAACUACUGGAAAGUAUGAUAAAGACAAAAUGGUCACUCUUUGAUGAGGGAAUGAAGCAGGGACUCAGAAUGUACGUACUGCAGCUUGUGAUUGAGAAGUCAAAGGUUAGGAGCAAGGAGGUGUACGUGAUACAGGAGUUGAACACCAUCCUGGUUGAGAUUGCAAAAAAGGAUUGGCCAAGAAGGUGGCCAACGUUUAUAUCUGAUCUGAUCAAUGUGUCCCAAAGCAUAAGCAUGGAGGUGUGCAGAAACAGCCUUAAAAUCUUGAAGAGGCUGAAUGAGGAGGUUUUUAUAUUUUCCGAGGACAGCAUCACAACGGUAAGAAAGAGAGUGCUGCGAAACCAACUGAAGGUUGAAUUUCCGAACAUAUUUGGGUUUAUAAAGACGAUUCUUGAAUACUCGAGAAGUAGUGAGAUGGAUGAAGGCCUUCUUGAAGCAACUCUGGAAACAUUCCAGUGCUUCUGCGGAUCCAUGCCUCUUGAGUUUAUUUUCUUGACGGAGAUCAUAGGCCUGAUUCUGGAGCAUCUGAACUCUAUGCACAGCACGGCAUGCUUGAGGUGUUUGAUUGAGAUAGUGGAUCUUGGAAGGGAUACGAAGCUUGCAAGAAGCUAUGAGGUUGAGAAUGCAGAAAAGGAGAAGAUACUGUUGAUACACGGGCAGUGUGUAGCAUUUCUUGGAAUGUACUUUGCAAAGUUCAAUGAAGAGAAGAUAUACGAGGUGUAUGGCGGAAUGGAUAAGGCAGAAAAGACAUUUGUGCUGCGGUUUUCACAGCUACUUUCUUCGCUGUAUGAAGUGCAUAUGGGGCUGCUUGAGAUGAGAGAUGCAGUUAAUGCAAAGGCCGGGCUUGUAUAUCUGAUACAGAUGUCAAAGAUCAACAGCAUGAAUGUUUUCUCGACUACGUUUGAAAUGUGGAAUAAGUUUGUGUUUGAUUUGUACUCUGAAUAUCCGUUUGCAACGCAGGAUUCGGGGAAGAGGCUGAGAAGGUCUGGGUACAUAGGGAUUCUGAACCAGCUGGUGGGGACUCUUGUGGACAAGAUGCCGCGUCCGGAAGAAGUGUUUGUGAUAGUGGAUGAGUAUAACGAGGUGAUCAGGAAGAAGAUGACGGACACCGACCAAAUUGAGUUCUACAGAAAGAUGAGGGGAUGCCUCUAUCAUCUGGCGUUUCUUAUUGAAGAAGACAUGAAAAAAUACUUCAUUAACAAGAUCGGAUUCCAGUUGGACGACAAGGAAUGGGAUUGCAACUACCUUAACAAAUUGUGUUGGGCGAUUGGAUCAAUAUCAGGCUCGUUUUCAGAGGUGAAUGAAAGGGAGUUUUUUGUGAACAUCCUGAAGUAUCUGCUUGCAUUGUGCGAAAUGAAGUCCUUUAAGACGGACAAGGCGGUUAUUGCAUCAAACAUUAUGUUUAUUAUUGGGCAAUACCAUCGGUUUCUUCUCCACAACAAAAGUUUCCUGAAGACAGUGGUCAAGAAACUGUUUGAGUUUAUGGAUGAGGAGCAUGAGGGAAUCAAAGACAUGGCAUGUGACAACUUCUUUAAGAUAGUUGAAAGAUGCCCCGUUGAGUUUCUUACUCAAAGGGAAAACGACGAAGUGUUUAUCCUGUACAUUCUAAGAAACCUUACUGGAAUAACAAGGACAUUGGAGUUCUAUCAAAAAAGGACAGUUUAUGAAGCGCUUCUUCUAGUGAUAAAGGAGGUGCCUAAAACAAAAGAUUACAAUGUAAGAAUACUGAGCUAUGCAGACCUUCUGCUAUCCUCAGUACUGGGGUUCAAUAUGCUGUCUGAUGAGCAUAUCAAUAGAUUGCCUGAAAUUCUAUCAAGCAUGGAGGAUGUCAAAAUGGUUUCGCAUGUUCUCAAGUCACACACAUUAACUUACAGGCUUCUUCCAGAAACAUGUGCUUCUAGCUGUACACACGUGUUUCCCAGGCUGUUCUGCAUGUUCGACAUAUGCAACAGAAUAGUACUUGAGAAGAGCGAGGGUGUCAUUUUUGCAAACGCCAAGCUUGUGAAAGCUGAAAUAGUAGAGUUGUUUACAACGGUUGUUGAAUCAAAGUUUGUUCAGAUAGACUUUGUAAAUAUGCUCUGCGAAAAGAUUGUGUUUGACUACAAAAGCAACCCGGUGUAUAAAGAGCCAGUGAUUCUAAAUCUAGCAGCAAGCAUCGUAAGAAAUGCCGAGAAUGACGGCUCAGUUAUGUAUCUUCAAAGAGAGGCAUUUAUGGUAUCCACACUUAUGGAGCCGUCCAUUCCGUUUCUUAUGAAGGCAGAUGAAAACCUAGAAAUAGCAAGAGGAUAUCUGUCUCUGGUAGAGAGUAUGCUGCUUGUUUCGUUCAACACGUUUUUCUCAUCAAUAUUCAACCUUACAUCAUUUAGACAGAUAUAUAACACAUUUUUGUAUACACUGGUAUGCAUUCGGGAUGUUUCUGACAUGUCGCUGAGCUGCCUUACGGUUAUAUUCAAGAAGUGCUACGAACAGAGACUCUUUCACUUCUUCACACAGAAUUAUGUUUGCACACUAGAGAAUAUUCUUGGGAUUAUAUUUGAUAAGGACAUGAGGUAUAACUUUGAUCAGCAAUGCCGGCUUCUGGCAUUUAUGGUUAAGAUAAGUAAAGACAUUCCUAGCCUUGACGGAGUCAAUCCAAACCCCAAAAUGCUUUCCGAACACAUAGUGAGGCUUUUUACAAAAUCAUUCCCAAACAUAACUCAUGGCUCGAUCAAUGUGUUUUCUGUAGGUCUUUUUGAGCUAUGCGAGGAUGAAAAUCUAUUUAAAGAGCAUGUAGAAGACUUCAGGGUUAAGGUCUAUGAGUUUGGCACCGAUGAAGAUCUACAGGAGGAAAUAGAUCUUAAGAACGAAAGAAUUGCAAGGUGUAGAGCGUAA